UCAGUGGUCAUGAUGAUUAACCAUCACUUUUUAAUUUGUUUGUUUUUAGUAGUCGGGGCUUAUGCAGAUUUGCCUGACUUUGUACCUAAAGAAUUUCACGAUUGGAUCUUUAGCAUGCGAGCGAAAUGUAUCAAAGAAACUGGGGUAACUGAAGCUGAUAUUGAUUCGUAUGUUAUAAGCAACAACGCUCAACCUAUCAUGUGUUAUAUGAAAUGCAUGAUGCUUGAAUCAAAAUGGAUGACGUCUAAUCAUCAAGUAAAUUACGAUGUUAUUGAGAAUGUUGUCCAAGGAGAAUUGCAAAAAAUACUUAUUGCAGCUUUAGAUAAAUGCAGAAACUUUCCAGAUGGCAAAGAUCCUUGUGAAACAGCUUAUAACUUCAACGUUUGCAUGCAACAAGCUGACCCAGUUCACUAUUUCCUACCAUAAAAAAAUUUAUUGGUACGUUAUUAUUUUGAGGACGAUUCUUUACUAUUCACACUGAUUUCUCUCUUAUGCUUUAUAGAGUAAUAUAGAAUAUAUAUAAUGUGUAGAACUAAUCUUUGAAAAGUAAUAAUAAAAUAUAUUAUGUAAAAUAAA